AUGAUUUGCGACCUCACCCCCAACCUUACCCCGCUUCAGCUCCUCUAUCAAGAGGAGCUCAUCGCCCUCGGCAGGCCCGACAUUGCAGCCACAGUCCCUGACACGUACAAGUACAUGCUCCUGGAGAUUGCAAUGGACUCCAUGUACAACCGCAAGGGGCCAAUGACUCUUAAGCAGAGGUGGGAUCUGAGGAAGGCUUGGCUCGGCGAGGCUGCUGGUGACGAGCCGACCACUCUCGAAGAGGUCAACGCGGAGGUCUGGGUCCGUCAUGCCGACCAUCCCCUCCUCCGUCUCGUCGCGUCGGAACCGGCCGAGGACGCCGAAUCUGAUGAGAAGAACAGCGACCUCACUGUCACCACCCCUGCCACCCCUGAGUCCCUGCCUCAAGCCAAUUCUCAGUAA